GUUCAGGGGGAUAACGCUAUGAUUAGCUCACUUCCACAACCAUCUACAUUUCUCAAAGUAUUAAUCGAAACACGUUAAACGGCGUUAAAUUCAUGUUGGACUCAGUGGGUGAAACUUUCUAAACUUAAUAUGUAACUGUGUAUUUUGGUGUAUUUUAUCGGUGUUGUGAUAACUGCUGCUAACCACAGGCUUUAAAUUCCUGUAUCAGUCCGCCCUUUUACCUCCAACAAAGGAAAUCCAACGUGGGAUGUACCUGCUGCUCCAGAGGAGGUUUAGUUGAGCUCUGACACUCAUAAUGUGUUCAAUCCCGGGGCUUCCAGUACCAGGAUCAGAAGUGCAUGUUCUCAUAACAAGGAUAAACCUGAACAAGACUUUUGGUCUUGUUGAACUAUGGAUUAACCUGGAUGAUGAAAAGAAGCACAUAUAUGAUCAGAUGAAAGAAGACAUUCAGAUUCCCAAGAGAAAGUUUAAUGGAUCUGAAGGACAACCAGGAGACCUUUGUCUGGUUCUUUUCAGAGACACCUGGAACAGAGCUCGGAUUGUAUCAAUUCAAGGUGACACUUUUAAUGUUUUUCUCAUUGACCACGGACAGCCACAUUUCGCCACUUGUGAAGAUUUAGCAUGGGCUCAUAAUGACAGUGUUCUUAUUCCUCCUGAAAUUGAAUUUUGUGUACUUGCAAAUAUUGUAUGCCCUGACAACAACUGGCCAGAAGGAGCUGCAAAGUUUUUGAAGUCUCUGUCUGGCAAGAAGGUUCAAGGAGUGGUUCAACAUGUGCUGGCAGACAGGAAAAUUCUGCUCGAUGUACCAUUUGUUUCCAAGUUUAUAUGUCAAUUAGGCAUUCCACAGAACAUUACAGGGGAUGACUUCAAAUGCCUUGUGUUGAAAUGUCUAAAUCUACCCAUAGAAGAAGCUUCUGAAAUAUACCAUAGUACACAGAAAGAGAAUGGCGAUGAUAAUCAAAGCAUGGAAAAGCAUGACAAUUACUUCUACCCAGCGUUGCUAACAGGUGUGUCGGAAAACAUUACUGUGACAGAGGUAACUGGUCCACAGAACAUUUUUUGCCAACUAUUAAUUUUCACCAAAGAAGUGAAAAUGUUAUCAGAACAGAUCCACCAAUACUAUGAGGAUCCCUCUAAUAUUAGUGAGGUCCAACAAAAGACUGUUGGAUAUCCAUGUGCUGCGAGGGACAAAAACGGCAGAUGGCAUCGUUCCUUACUCAAGCGGAAAAUUGAGGCCAGUGAUACUGCCUUCGAAGUCUUGCAUGUGGAUGAAGGAAGAACAGAAGAAGUUGGAGUUGGAAGGAUCAGAGCUCUCCAUAGAAAUUUUCUAAGAUUACCAGUUUUUACAUAUCAAUGUUCUCUUGUUGGACUAAUGGAUAAUGACACUGGUUGGACCACAGAUCACACCAAUCAUUUAAAGUCACUGCUUAUGAAUAAAACAUUGGUGGCCAAGUUUGACCGUCAUUACACACCUCAAAAUGUAUAUGAUGUCAAACUUUAUGCAGAAAAUAGCCCUUGCAUUUUAGAAAAAGACAUUAUUAAUACAUUAAUACAUUCCCUUCCCACGUCCCCUAAAGAUGAUCAAUGCAUUCAUAUAAAUGGAAAAGAUUCACACGAUAAAGUGUUACUUGGAUACAAGAAAGUAGAUGUUAGCAGGGAGGCUAAUGUUUCUGUUGGGGACUGCUUGAAACAGCAGGAAAAACUGUUGCCUAACAGCUUUCAGGAUGGCUGUGACAGUGAGUCAUUCACUAUAGGAGCCAGCGUCAAUGUUAAGGUGUCCUGCAUUGAAACUCCAAAAAUGUUCUGGUGUCAAUCCGUGGACAAAAUGGACUCCCUUAGAUGUCUAAUGCAAGACCUGCAAAGCCACUAUGCAUCUGUCCACCCUGGACCCUUGCAGGGAUACAUUUGCAUUGCCCGUAGUCCAGACAAUGGCAUGUGGUACAGAGCAAGGAUUAUCAAAAAUCACCAUUCUCCUCUAGUAGCUGUUAGAUUCAUAGAUUACGGCCAUACUCAAAUGGUCCCACUGCAGGACGUACGACCAAUUGAUCCAUAUUUCUUACAGCUGAAUGCACAGGCUUUUCAGUGCUGCUUAUCCAGUGUGGAGAGUUUCUCUAAUCUCGACGGCGUUGCAUGGUCCGAAGAGGCAUUCACAGAAUUUAAAAGAUUUGUGGAUUCAAAUGUCAGCUCAAACACUGCGAUAAAAUGCAUCAUAAAAGAUGUGACACUGGACAGUGAAGGUCUGCAGCUUAAUGUGGUGGAUAUUGAAAGUUUACCCAAAGGUGCCUACAAGAUACUGGUUCAGGAAUGUGCUCAGAGUGAAACACUGUUACAACAUACUCUGGAGCUCAAACUAGAUGCAUACAAUUACUCCAGUCAUAAUUUAGAGGUAGGUGCAAUAGAAAAGAUAUUCAUAACCUCCUCACAGAGUGUUCACAACUUUUACUGCCAGCUGGAUAGAAACUUGCAUUUGUUAGAAACUGUGACUGAAAACAUUAAACAGCUAAUUUCACAGGGACAGUACACUAAUCUCCCACUUGGGCCCAAUAGCCUCUGCUUUGCAAAAUACCCUGAUAACCAGUGGUACAGAGGUAAAAUAGCAGCAAUGUUGCCAAAACCCAAAGUACAUUUUGUUGACUAUGGUGAGACACUUGAAGUGACAAAAUCAAAUAUUUUGCCUUUUCCCUCUGAAGAAUGUUUGGCCAGGUCCAUUGCUGUUCAAGCUAUUCCACUUGGUCUGUUUGACAUCCCAGAUGUUGUACCAAAGGAAGUUGACCAAUGGUUUUCAGACUGUGCCAAUAACAGCAGUUUAACCAUUUCCGUUGUGUCGAAAGGGCCUCAAGGAAAGCUACUUGUUGACUUGUUUGACAGAUCCUUAAAUGUUAAUGAGGAGGUUAGAAAGAAGAUAUCAAAAAUGACCCAACAAAAAAUGAUUGGUUUAGCUCAGUCAAAUGAGAAGUUGUUCCUUAACAGCAACGAGCGGAAUAGUGUGCAAAGUGAAGAAUGUGAAAAACAUCAACAUCUGAAUGUGUCAAGGACAGUUGAGACAAAUGACCUGACACAGGAAGCUGAAUAUGAAGAGACAGUCAAGGGAAGCCAAUCAACUUUGGAUGUCAGUAUUAAGGACACGGAAAAUGGGAAUUUGAUGGAGGAUAGUCAGAGUGACUUACAAAUAACACACCAUUUUCUUCUUCCAUGUCCUGAGAAAAAUGCUACAAACUGCACAUACAAGUGGCCAACAAUUUCUCAACUAAAGACAGAGGAGGUGUUUGCCUCCUGCAUUGUUGAACCUCAGCACUUUUGGUGCCAGUAUAACGACACUGAAGAUCUGAAGUUGUUGUCAAAGUUAGCUCAAGAGGCAGGACAGGUACAACAAGAUGUGACGGUCCCUGAGACUCUUGGUCCUGGAAGUCCAUGUCUUGCUCUUUUUCCAAGUGAUGCUCAAUGGUAUCGGGCUAUGAUAAUGGAAAGAAGUGACAACACUCUUCAUGUUGUGUUUGUCGACUAUGGGAAUGAGUCUGAUGUUAGCAUCAGUGAUGUGAGACCCUUGCCUCAAGGGCUACUUGAAAUUGUUCCCCAAGCCUUUCUGUGCUCUCUGACAGGAUUUGACAAGUCAAAGGGCACUUGGGAUGACCAAGUUUAUGAUGAGUUUUACAAUCUCUUAGUUGACAAGUCUCUGUGCCUGACAGCGUUUAGCAUGGAAGAUGAUUCGAAGCUUGGCAUUCCUCGGUAUAUAGUACAAUGCGAAUGUGAAAAUAUGAAUGUAAAUUGUGAAAUGCAGAAACAUUGGAGAUCAGUUUCCAAAGAACAAGUUAUGGAAAAAAGCUCUGAAGCAGAAAACUCUCCUGAUGAAAGACAAGUGGAUGCCAACAGGAUGUAUGAUGUUCUUCCUGUGAAAGCUAAUGGUUUUGCAUACAAGAAACCUGAAGUGGCCAUAAACCAGACAGAAAAUGUCUAUGCCUCUUGCAUUGCGGAACCCAAUUUCUUUUGGUGUCAGUAUGCCAACACUGAAGACCUCAAGAGAUUGUCAAAACUCACCCAAAAAGCAGGUCAGACUCAGCAAGUUCCCAUGUUUCCAAAGACUCUUGUUCCUGGAAGUGUAUGUGUAGCGCUUUACUUUGUUGACAAUCUGUGGUAUAGAGCUCAGGUAAUGGAUAGAAAUGAUAACAGUCUUCAUGUUGUAUUUGUUGACUAUGGAAAUGAGUCUGACGUUAACAUCGAUGAUGUGAGACCCCUACCUCAGAAUCUGUUAGAUUUGGCACCUCAGGCUUUUCUGUGCUCUUUGAAUGGUUUUGAUGAGUCUAAAGGAUCCUGGGAUGAACAAGUAUAUGGCGACUUCUACAAUCUCCUGGUAGAAAAGCUCUUGAAGGUGACGGUGUUGGAAGUUCAGGAUCACCUUGCUCUGCAAGUUCCUCAGUAUGUAGUGGAAGUAAAGUUUGAAAAUGUGGUUGUAACUAAAGCAAUGCGAAAAUAUUGGAAACCUGUUGCCAAAAGACAUGUAACGUUGCAGAUCCCUGAAAGAGAAAAUUCACCUCAGGAUGAGCAAAUAGACUUGUGUGUUUCCAAAGGAAAUACUAAUGUUAUCAUGUACAAGAAACCAAAUAUUUGCAAAAAACAAAGAGUUGAUGCAGUCUACGCCUCAUGUAUUGUGGGACCCAAAUUCUUCUGGUGUCAGUGUGUCCAGGAGCUGGACAUGUUGUCAAUAGUGGUUCAAGAAGCUGGACAGACACAUCAGGAAGCUGUAUUCACUGAGGCUUUACCCCCUAGUAGUCCCUGUCUGGCUCUGUUUUCCAGUGACCAACGGUGGUAUAGGGCUCUGGGUCUUCAGAGAACUGAAAACGUACUCCAUGUCGUGUUUAUCGACUAUGGUAAUGAGUCUGACGUUGAUAUUGAAAAUGUGAGAUUGCUGCCUUCAGGUCUACUGGAUGUGGCUCCUCAGGCAUUUCUGUGCUCUUUAGCUGGAUUUGAUGAAUCAAAGGGUUCCUGGGAUGAAGAAGCAUAUGAAGACUUCUACAAUCUACUGGUGGACAAACCACUAAAGGUGACUGUCAUUGAUGUGGAGGACCAUUCAGAACUUGGUGUUCCUCAGUAUGCAGUACAAGUGGAAUGUGAAGGAGUCAUCAUAAAUUCAUUGAUGAGAAAAUAUUGGAAAGAAUCGAGUGAGGUUCCUUUGAAAGAGUGCACACGUUUGGAAAAAGACCAGAGACAAGAUCAAUCCAAGCAAAUGAAUGCUCUGCAUUAGAUGAACCCCAACCGCAGGAAGUGAAGUUUUAACCUGUAACAUGCAUUUGAACUACGCCCUUGGGACACUUAUUGCAUGAAAUGAAUCAGUACAUGUAUUAAAUUUGUCUUAUCUGUGUCAAUAAAAGUUAUAUAUAUUCAUUUAAACACACC